AUGACUACUCGUCACAUCCUUCGGCCAAAGUACAACCAACUCUACACUGACGUGGAUGUCGGAAGGCACAAUGUUGAAAGAUUGUUCUGCGAUUUGCUCAGCGUCCGAGAUUGCGAAUGGGGUGACUUGAUUAAAGAGCUCCAGAAUCUGAAGAACCAAGGAUAUCCGGACUUGGAAAAGACCACUCAACUUUAUGAAUAUCUGAUGACCUUGGCACGGAGCUUGAAAACUCGUGAGCUCGAAGCACUCAGAAACGUGUUUGAAAAUGAAGAACUCAUCUAUACGCCACUUCGACGCGGUGCCGAUCAGAAGUGGCAUCACGUCCGGGGAUGUCUCUGGUCAAGAAGUGCAAAAGUUAGGGGGAAGGUCAUUCUGAACGAGCACUACGAACGCCUCGAAAGCUUUUUUAUCGAUGUGCUCGGAGUUGAAACCGCCAAGGUGGAGCUAGUCCACGACGAAUUGAUCCGCCUAGGUUCAUCUUCUGAUGCCUCUGCCGUCGAUGUCAGAGAUCGGAUCACGAGUCUCAAUUCGAUCCUUGUGGACAUGGACUUUGCGGACUACCCCGACGCAACCAUGUUGAUCGAGGCCAAUAUUCUCCCGAUCCGAAAGCCGGAUCAGACUGUCAGCCUGGCUUCUGCCAAAACCGAUUUUGUCAUCAUUGACAGAGCUCAUCUCGGAGAGAUCUUUGCGCCUCAGGUCAGAACACUGGACUUCUCUGUUGAGGAGGUUCGUCGGCUUGAUCCAUUCAUCAAGUUGCUCAGGCAAGACAGGAAGCGACUGUCAGAAGUGGUCAGAGAGGUUACGGCUGUAGACGAAGGCGACAAACAGCCCCUGCAGUGUCGUCAACGACAGAUUGGACCUAAGGCUCAUGCACUUUACCGAGUCGCAUUCCAUCUUAACAGCCCAAGACUCAAACCGGAUGGUCAUGCCCUUUACAACAUGCUGCGCAAUGCACAGGUCUACACGACAGAAGGGAUCACCUCCGAGCUGCACCUUUCACAAGACGGCGAAGACCACUGCUAUGUAACCGAGCGCAGCGACCUUCAUAUUCGGGAGUCUGGGUCCCAACUGGAAAUCUUUGUGUCAAGAAAUCAGAAGAAACAGGGCUUUUGCUACUCUUCGAAACUCAACGAACGUCUGUUUCAGUGGCUGAUGACUGACCCUCUUACACAUAUGUCAGAGACGCUCGACUCCAGGGGCUUGCUUACCGUGCAUAAGAUUAUCAACUCGAGGAGAUCAGUCCUUGCGCAGAUCCUGGACGAGGACGGAAUUGUGACCGGUGAUAUUGAGGAACUAGAUCAGGAGGUGGAGUCUAAUUACGACUCGGACGAAGAAGAAUCUGACGACAAUUGGUCAUCGGAUUUGCCAACAACGCCAUCGGUCCAGCGGACUGCUCCGUCUCGCUCGGAAUACAGUCCUAACCACAAAAAGGCACUCUCCAGAAAUUCUUGGUUCGACGGAGUUGAAGUCAGCCCACAAGCCUCUAGUGAUAGGAACACAAAGCCACCCCUGCAUCAAACCCCAACCAGCCCUGUCGCAUGCAGGAGCCUGAAAGCCUCUGAGACUGGGGAAGCAGAACGGCUCCAAUAUGCAGACCUUCUCAGCCGUGUCGUCUCAGCCGCACGGAGGUCACGGUUUCCUGCCAAGAGCUCAUUCGACAUGUCCCGUAUGUCCUCUGCUCUCCCAGUCUUCUAUGGUGCCGCAGACAGCUAUGACGCCUUCCAUGAAUCGCACCUCUUCCACACGACCUCGAAGCUUGAGAGGGACAAGAAGAUAGCGGCGGCGGGGGAGCUCUAUGUCUUCGAAUUGCUUAAAAGCCUCGGGCUUCCCAAUUUCUCGAUGCGCCAGUGGCGAAGCACCAUACGCCACUACGCCGCUGCCCAUCCAGACUACGCCGACACCAAGGAGUGGUCAGGAAGAGAGAGCUCGGAUAUUACAUAUGUCGAUGUCAAAGGAGAGUUCACCCGGCUGCUGAUCGAUACCGGUCACCUAGAUGGGGAGGUGUGGAGACAUGAGAGGCCGAUGUACUUCCUCAAGGUGAAAGCCACGACAGGGCCGUGUGAUACGCCAUUUUCUGUGAGCAAGGGACAGUAUGAACGGGUAUGCCUUUCCAUCUGCACAAUCCUCUCUUCAAAUCAGCAUCUCAUCCUCUCCACGGUUCUGCUCCCAAAUCAUCGCAUUUACUGA